CUGGCUGUGUGGCUGGUCCAUGUUUUCAUGUUUGCUUGGUGUGUAAAACAGCUUUACUUGUCCUGAGAUGAGAUUCAAGUGCUGCCACCUGCUGCCCCAUUUUCUCAGAUUGUUAACUGUCUGGAUGCAGAGUGAAAAGCUCUUUUCGUGAGGACUGUGUAUGGUGUCACAAUAUAUCAUGGUAUUAUUUGUAAAAAAUAACUUAUAGCUCAGCAACUCAUAACAUUAGUAGAAUUAAAUAAUUUCUGAUGUUCAUUGUCUUUUAGUUUCAUCCGGAACUGUUACGCCCGUUUUCCAGACGGUCUCUUUUCCGUGUGGCACAAAACAAUGAGGACACCGCCGAGCUUGAAACAUGAUUUGGAGCUCAGUCGGCGUUAGCUUUAUUGAUGUUUUGUGGUCAUUUCUGUCUGUGUGUUUCCUCGUAGCUUUUGUCGCACACACAAUCUCAACACACCUGCCGAGGAAACAUCAAACAUGUCGUCUUUAUGUGUUAUUUCAGGAUCUUAUUCGCUACGGAAAAACAAAACAAACCCUCAAACGAGACGACUGGUUGUUCAUUUUUGACGUCCCGAAAAGGUGGUUCUCGCACUUUUACGCCAUCUCUGUUGGUUGGAAUGGUUUUCUUCUGAUUUUAUCCUUGAACUUCAUAUUACAGCAGCAGUCAUACCCAGUAUGGCUUACUGAGAUAUUAGACAUGCUGACAGGUGUACCACACACGGACAGUCAAGUCCCACAGCUGUCUACUGUACUGGUGCUGCUGUUGCUCUGGGUCCACUCCCUCAGGAGGCUGCUGGAGUGCCUGUUCGUCAGUGUUUUCUCUGAUGGAGCCAUACAUUUGGUGCAAUAUGUGUUCGGUCUGGGGUAUUAUCUCUUACUGGGGUUGACGGCGCUCUGCUCAGAUCGCCUGGGAAAAGGGGCUGGCCCUCCCCUCUCACAGUUGAACUGGUUGCAUGUAGCUGGAGGCACACUUUUCAUUUUGGCCUCACUGCUGCAGCAUCAGUCCAUGGUCCUGCUGGCCAGGCUGCGCACUGGAAAGUCAGGAACAGUGGAGACGCUGGCUCACAGAAUGCCAAAGGGAGGCUGGUUUGAGCUGGUAUCAUGCCCACAUUACUUUGCAGAGCUGCUGAUCUACGUCUCACUGAGCUUGGUUUUUGGAGGCCUCUCCCUCACCUGGUGGCUUGUCGUCCUUUAUGUGUUUUUCAACCAGGCACUGGCAGCACAACUUUGUCAUGACCUUUACGUUACCAAAUAUGAGUCAUACCCAAGGCACAGAAAAGCAUUCAUACCUUUUGUGCUGUGAACAUCUGUUAAGAGAAUGAGGCAGUAAAACUCAGACCAACAACACAACACUGGCUGUAAAUGGUGCCCUGGUGAGAAUGUGUACUGGCAUGAAUGGGAAGUAAGGCAGUGCCAAUACAAAUCACCUGUUCUUUACAACAUAAUCUCCCUAUUAUAACAUACCAGUCUAUGUUAUAACUCAUAAGUAGCAUUGCAACUGAAACUUUUAUAUGUUCCUUUAAUAAAACUCAAUGAAAAAUCUGAGAA